AUGGCGAACGCUGAGGGCUACUACGACGAUGGGUUUGCAUAUGGCGACCAGUCCGGCGCCCACGACAUCUCCUACACGGGCAGCAGUAUGCCUUACGGCGGCGGCAAGCGCAAGGCCCAGGACGACGACAACGGCCUGCCCUAUGCACCCGCCGCGAAGAAGGACACCGCACUGCAGGCCAGCAGCGCUGUCAACGUAGGCGGCGGCGGCGGAUACACCGGCGCGGCCCGCGGAUGGGGUGACGAGGUCAAGUCGCCUGCGGCGGCGCAGCAGGCCGGCGCAACGAUGCCGGCGCCCCUCUGCCAGUGCGGGGAGCCGGCGCAGGGUGUAACCUCCAAGGUGCCCCAGCAGCUCACCAUGAGCGCUCCAGCUGCUCUUUGCAUUUGCAUGACACAGCAACAUCGUGCAUAG